AUGUCUGAUGGGGUCAAAGCCUCAUGGACUGAAGGCUUAAUUCCCGAGCGUAAAUGGACCCCCCAACUUUCCAUCGGCCCUACCCAAUCGCAAGCCACGCUUACCGAGGAAAUUGGGGUGCAGGUUGUUUUGUGGAAGAUGAUACGAAUGGAUCGUGGUUUCAACGAGGGAUCCGUUAGGGCCAAAAGAGGGCGACCUAUCAGCAGGGAGGUGGAAAAGCUAGAGCUGCGGCAAGCGUUACACGCGGAACCCAAGGGGAGCCACCACCAAGUAGACCAUGAUCUCUUCGGCGGUCUCUAG